UAUUUCCCCCUACGUAGCACGCUUGAUUGUGUCAAAUUUUUUCAGUCAAAAGUCAAAAGUUAAUUGAUGUGGGUGGUAGGUGGAAACAAGAAUUAUCAAAUUUAUCUUUAAAUAUUCAAGUGACUAAUUAGAGAUACAAGAUUUUUUGGUAGUUUAUAGUAAAAUUUGUGAAAAGGGAAGCGUGCAAUUGUGAGGAGUGCCUUUUCGUUUCCGAACGGAAGCAGCUGGUUGUAUAAAUUAUAUAUUAACAAUGCUGUAAAUAUUUAACCAGUGCCUCCGACUAUUAUGGAGCUUUGACGUCGUUCUCGCUGACCAAACCGUCACCAUCUACGAUGACGACAUCGUCGGCCAAUCGUCAUCAGCAAAACCGUUUGAACCAUGAAGAUGACGCUGUAUCAGAAUGUUCGGUGGCUUCGACACUGCUCGAAGGCAGUUUGAUAUCGACGGCCCCCGACCGCCAUGGGUUCUUGGGUGGGGCCCAGUACAGCCCGGAGCCAAGAAAUCAUGGGCCCCCGCCAGAAACGGUGCUGAAGCGGGAGCGGAAAUGGUUGAAGAUGCUCGCGCAGUGGAACUUUUAUAUGGAGAAGAACUACAGGAAGGUCAAGGACAGAUGCAGGAAAGGUAUUCCGAUGUCGAUAAGACCUAAGGCGUGGUUGUAUCUAUGCGGCGGUCGAGUGCUGAUGGAAAGACAUCCUCACGUGUACGACGAAUGUCUUCGAUGCGACGGUAAUCCAAAAUACAUUGAGGAUAUCAAGAAGGAUAUCCAUAGACAGUUUCCCAUGCAUGAGAUGUUCAGUUCGGAAGACAAACCGGGGCAACAAGAGUUGUAUAAUGUCCUGAAAGCGUACACAGUGCAUUUCCCUGACAUUGGUUAUUGUCAAGCGCAAGCGCCUGUGGCCGCAUUUCUCUUGAUGCACAUGCCCGCUGUCCAAGCAUUCUGGUGUUUGGUCUCAAUUUCCAACAGAUAUUUAGAAGACUAUUACUCGCCCACUAUGGAGGUGGUGCAGAGAGACGGACUCAUACUGCAAGGUCUUCUCAAGAAAGUGUGCCCUCCAGUGUACAGACAUUUGAAGAAAGUGAAUGCCGAGCCGAUGUUUUAUUGUACAGAGUGGUUUUUGUGCGCGUUUACCAGGACCUUACCGUGGGACACACUGUUAAGGAUUUGGGAUAUAUUUCUGUGUGAAGGGGUCAAGGUGCUUUUCAAAACGUCGCUCGUCAUUCUUAUAGGGUGUCUUGGUACCGCAAAAAGCCGCAAGCAGUGUCCAGGUUUGUGCGAAACUUUAGACCGAUUGAGGAAUCCCCCGGAGGACGUGCUGGCCGAGGAACAUCUUAUCUAUAAUGUGAGUUGAAAAUUUCGCGAAACGGAAACAUAAAAUACGGUUCGUUUAUUGAUAAAAAUGAAUCGGAAUUGAAUCGAUUGUAGGUUACCAGGCUUGACAUUAGCGAGCAAGAUUUCCAGGAGCAGCACCAAAAACAAGCAAAGAAGGUGAAAAUGAAUUCUGUCAAGAACACAAAUGGAAGCUCCAGAUAAUAAAAAGGUAUGUAAUGUCGUGCGAUUUUGCUGUUCAUAACUUGAGCUAUUUUAUUAUUUUUCUAGGCUGUUUAUCUCUUUGAGAAAAGGACUGUCGGAUAUUGAUUUUAAAAAAUGACUCAAAAAGUAUUCAGUGGCAUUUUCUUUUGUAAAUACGAAUUAACUGUAAGUUUAACAGAUUAUUACCAAAUAUAUUGAACAUAUAUUUUAUUCUGUAUUUAAAUAUACAUUUUGUAUUAACUUUCUUGAGAGUAUUAUUAUACAUAUUUUGUAAUUUCUGAUGUUGAAUAUAUUGUAUCAUUAUUUAUUUAUGUUAUGCAUAUACGAAUUGAAAUGUAAAUUAUGUUGAAGUCGAAC